CAGGUAAGUCACCGAAGUUAGUGCUAAGGUGUUUUUAUUGUGUUGGUUGUGUAACGAGGUUCGAAAGACGAAAUUUAGGGCAGUGAUAGCAGAAAAUGGCUGGUUGCUUUGAAAAUGUGCAGCUUCCUCCUUGCGUGUGGUUUGAAGGCGACGACAAACGGAAUGCCGUGGCGUCUAUAAUAGCUGGUUUGCUGUUCUUUGCUGGCUGGUGGUUCAUUAUUGAUGUGGCUGCUGCAUAUCCUGACAACGCUCAGUUCAACAAGGCAUACCAUGUCUGUGGUGUUUUUGGGACUAUUUCAUUAUUCAUGAUAAACUCUGUAUCAAAUGCUCUCGUACGUGGAGAUGGCUACUCAGGAGGUUGCUUUGGUCCAAGAGGAGCACGCGCCUGGCUCUUCCUUGGCUUUGUUAUGGGAUUCGGUGCUGUCAUUGCCUCUUGCUGGAUCCUGUUUGCAGAAUACGUCACCAAUAAAAGCCAAGAAAGGUCAUAUCCAGGUGUUGGUCUUUUUCUACAGAAUGCAUUUAUUUUCAUCGGCUCCCUUGUAUUUAAGUUUGGUAGAGUCGAAGACCACUGGAACUGAACUGUGUACUGUGAUAUAUAAAACUAGAGGUUUACUAGACAUUUUUCAAGUUGCCGCUUUUAUAUGCUGUUAGGUAUGUGGUUUAAAGAAAUUUUCACAGAGACUGGAGGAUUUAUCUCCUUGAUGUACAGCACUGGAAAAUUGUAUCAUCAUCACAUCAUUCGGCUCUGAGUAUUGUCAGUGGCAGAUUUCAGAAGCAGCAUGGAAGCAGUAACCUGUUGUCUGAACAUGGAAGUGUGUGUCUAAAACUAAGCACCUGUUUGUGUAAUUUUUCAUCUGUUAGAAUGAAAUUAUUUUUUUUUUUUUAUUUCAAUUAUGAAAACUUAGGAGUUGCUGCUCUUGAUGUCUAGGCAAUCAUGUCAGUGUUCAACAUUUUCACAAUAAUUAAACUAAAGUGUUUGUAAACAUUUCAUACAUAGAAGCUUUAACCCUGAUAAUGAAGUUUUUUAUGAUAAAAUAAAUUGCUUUGUCUGCUUUGUAUAAUUCAGUUUUAAAUAUUGAUAUACUGUAUCACUUUUUCUGUAAACACCCAUGAAAUAUGUGCCUCUGCUUCUAGAGUACCACAAGAAAGUAAAGAGCAAGUAACAUAGACUCUUGCUAUUAGCUAAAGUUUUUUUCUGUACAUAAGGUAUGCUGGCUAAAGUAUACUCUGUUUAUCCUUGUUUUGUGUGUGUGUGUGUGUGUGUGUGUGUGUGUGUGUGUGUUGUAUAGAUUAUAAUAGAAUCAGUUGAUGCAGGAAACAUGCUUCUGUCUUUCUGAUAAUUUCAGCCGCAGCCUCUCAAAAGUUUAGUAUGAUGAACAAAACUUCAGAACACUUGCCUGUUGUCUGAUAUUAGGUCUGUUGUAUGCAUUUUUUAAGGGAGCUUUGAUGACUACUUUGUUAUAGCCCUAGUAUGUGAGGAACAAAAAUUUCAAUUCUUAAGUUACCAGUCAUUUCUUGUGACAAUCCAUGCAUCGUAACAUGUCAUGGAAUCACAUGUAUUCAUUUAGUUUAAAAUCCAGUUCUAGAUGGGCCUUAUGUACUAACAUACUCCAGUUGGUUCAAAAAUUGAAACCAGAUGAGAUGAUGCAUUGGAUGAGAUGUUGGACACACAUUUAGGGAAGGGUAUUAUUUCUUUACUUUGAAAAGUUUUUGGAUGUAUCAAAAUCCCUUCAACAACUCAUAAGCCAACUUACGUCGUCAUCUUUGUCUACCUGUGCCUGAACCUCUAAAUAUCCUGUUUUUGGAACAGUAACAAUUUUAAAAAUUACAUCAGAGAAAAGAAAUUCUUUCUUAUGCUGUAUCUAGCAAGCUAAUACAAGCUGUUCAUAUUUGUGUACAUCAUACUCAGUCUGGAAUCUCUCAGCAUUUCAUAUGAUUACUAGUGUGUUGGAAAAGGGAUACACAGCUAUCUGUGAUGUUUGUGUUGUUAAAUUGGUCACACAUUUAUCAGAAUUUUCUACGAAUGCACAAUCUCGCCGCAAUAUCUUCCCAUGCUUCCAGCAGCAUCAAGUGCCUGUACAUCCACGAGCUUUCAACAGUGCUCCUUGGCCAUUGUUAAAUGGCAGCUGACUGUGAGGUUGCUUGCCUUGUUUUGUAUAGCCAUCGCAUCAGAUGUCACAUCAUAAAUACUCAGUUCAUCGUCAUACAAGGCAUUGUUUUUAUCCUGUGCCUGCCACACCUGUUGUAACCUUACGGUGGCUGUGUCCAUGGUGUAUUCAGCUGCAAACCAUUGUCUUUAUUGAUGGUUAUAUAUUUCUAUAUCAAUAACUUCUUCUGUUACAAUUUCCAGAAACCAUUAGGCUUCAUUAAAAGUGUCAUUAAAUGCAAUUUUAUGUCCAUGCGUGUUCAACUGGGUAGCUAAUUUCUCUGGAUAGCAUAGUCACAAACACUUGGUGUUCAAACAUGUUGUUCCAUUGUGUGCAAGGUCCAUCUGACAUAAUACUGUCAGUACUCAGUGUAUUUUAAAAUGUCUUGCUAUCGUCUAUGGAUGUCAGAAGUGAAUAUGUAAACAUUUGAUGUGUUUGGGAGCCCACAGACUUUAUUUGGGAGGAUCUUGUAUUAGAAAUCAUUGACCAUAUAUUUGUUUCAAACUUCGUGUACAUAACCAUCUGUGAAAGUCUGCAUAUUAGCUUUGUUUAUGUGUUUACAUUGACCAUUCUUAAAUCAGAUAUAAUAAGUGUGUGGAUUUUCUCAAUGAAAAUAGUCAUGAAUGAGAUACAAAAUAAUUUCAUAUGCGAAUGGCAAAUUUUUGUAAGACUUUUGUCUUGUAUUUAACAAAUCUCUUCAUAUACCUUUUUGCCAAGAUGUAUAUAUUAAUUUAGUAUAUUAAUUUGUAAUGCACCACAUUUUGAAGUAUAUGGUGAAACAUUGUUGACUAUACAUAAAUGCAAUAGGAAUGUGUACUGACGUACAUUCCAAAAGCUGGUGCAAUAACACUGUCUGGUAUCUGACAACUGCUCAGUUUGCAUAUAAACAAAAGAUUGCUUUGUUGUUGAGGUUUAACCCUCUACGUAUAAGGGGCGCCAUUCACAAUAACAUUGUCUUGUACUACUCCACUGCUGUUUUACAAUUGAGAGCCCAUUAUCUAUUCCUUCAUUAUUGCUUCAGAUAACACUGCUAAGUCAUGCUGUCAUAUGUCCAAGUGAGCAGCUAUAAUAUACAAUAAACGGCAAGCUAGGUGAGAAAAAAAAAUUAUGAUCCAUGCAAGAAAAUGAAGCAGGUUCUAAAGCAGGUGGCACAAUCUCGCAUUGAGGAAUUUGUAAUCGAAUAAGUGUUUGGUUGGGACCUGAUGCAACUACGUUUUUUAAUUACUUGGGUGGGUCAUUACUGUUAACACUUGUGCAUGGCAGCGGAGUGAAAUGAUGACAGUUUUUUAUUUUAGUUUAAUUAAGCAGUGAUUUAGCUCAUAGAAUGUAGGUUUAUUUUUUUGUUGUUUAGUUAAACUAAGGUAAAACUCUGACUUUGCUCAUUACUGUGGCAACAUGAAAACCACUAUCCUUUACGUGUACAAAGUACAUCAUGUUCCCCUCAUGUGGUAAUAACAGUGCACCCACUCAAGGAUUAAGUAGUUAGUGAUAUCAUAGCCAACCAUCGUAACACGUACUUCUGCUUUAGGUAUUUUGGUAUAAUUUUGUUAAGAACUCAAACUAUGGAAAGCCCAGGUUGGAAUACCAAUGACAUUAUAGAAAGGAAAGGUUGCUAUAAAACUUUUUAUUUUGAAUAUUCAUGGGCUAAAAAUGGUGUGUUCUCUUAUUCUUAUUUAUUUUGUGAUUCUUCAGUUGGAUGUUGGCAAUAAUACAUCAAAUCAUAGUCACCUGGUAGUGCCUUUAUUGAUGUAACAUGCAAUAAUGUAAAUUGUUUUUCUUUGAUGCAACAUUGAGAUAAAAUAAUGAUCUAUAUGUAUAACAUACUUAAUGCUUGUUCACAUGCACAAGAAGGCUAUUUGUCAAGUGUAUUAGAAAUGCUUACGAAAUAUCUGAAUUAUGGCACCAGACACUCAUCAUCCUUCUUGAUUUUCGUAGGGAACAGGAGAAAGAGGAUAUAUAUAUUGUGCUGAAGGUUUUCAUUAUGAGAAGUCAUAUCGUGGACGGUUAUGAUUACUCUAGAUCUGUUUAUAGCAAUUAGUUUGUGAUAAGUCUAAAACAUAUUAAUUAGUAAUAGUGAAGAUGGCUUUCUGUUGUAAAUUAAUCAGAAUGUUUGAAGUAUUAUGUUUUUCAGAAGUUUGCACAUUCUCAAAUCUUCUAAAGUUAAUUUUGUUAGAAUAUUGUGAUAAAGUUAUGAAUAAUAUAUUCAAUAAUAAAACUAAUUAUUUCA